AAAUGAUAAAAUAUGAAUUAAUUAUUUAAUUUUAAGAUAUAAAACCCUUGUUAGCUUUGGUUUGUAUACAGUAAACAAUUGGCAAAGUUUUUCUCUUUUCUACGGACAAAAACAAUCACAUAAGAACCAAAAUCAACAAAAUUUCUCUAAGUUCUUUAGCUCAUCUAUAUUACAAUUGAUCCACUUAAAACAAAAUCAAAUCUCUCCUUCAUCUCUGUAGAUCGGCAUAGGCAGCGGCAACCGCUGUUCACUGCUCUUCUCCAUCUCUGUUUUAAUCAAUCGCAGCAACCGCUCAUCGUCGUCUUCGUCCUUAUCAGCUCGAAGCAACAGCGCCGUCCUUACCAGUUCUCCACCAACGCCGCAGCAACCGCAGCCUCUCUGUAUGACAUAGUCCUAACACUAAUCUACAUAAUGGGCUCUUGAAUGUGACAGCUUAACUUGAUCUUUUUUCUUUUUUUCUUUUCGGUCAAAAUUUUCUGCCUUUAAGCAUUACCUCAUCCAAACAUUUGAAGUACCAGUUAUCUGUUUUUUUUUUCUAGUGGUUACAAAGACCAUAUUUCGAAACUCCAUUCCUAAUCUAAUCAAUGAAGAUAGAAAAAUGGCUACAAGUUAUGACAGGCAAAGUGAACUAAAGGCUUUUGAUGACACUAAAGCUGGUGUUAAGGGUCUUGUAGAUGGCGGUCUCACAAAAAUUCCAAGGAUAUUUAUUCAUGAUCAAUCUAAGAUCAAUAAUAAAUCAAGUUCAGGUGACAGCAUACAUAGCAUACCGAUCAUAGACUUCAAUGGCAUAGAUAGUGAUUCAAGUGUACGUAUUGAUAUAAUUAAUAAAGUUCGGGAUGCCUGCAAGAAAUGGGGUUUUUUCCAGGUGAUCAACCAUGGAAUUCCAGCAGCUAUUUUGGAUGAUAUAAUAGACGGGGUACGGAAAUUUCACGAGCAAGACACCGAGGUAAAGAAGAGAUUCUACAGCCGUGAGCAAGCUGGGAUUGCAAAAUUUAAGUUCAAUACGAACUUCGAUUUUUAUCAAUCACCAGCCGCUAAUUGGAGAGAUUCUAUGUAUUGCAUUAUGGCUCCUGAUCCACCCAGUUCUGAAGAAUUGCCUGAUGUUUGCAGAGAUAUCCUGAUCGAUUACUCAAACAAGGUGGCUGCCUUAUCAAAUAUACUAUUUGAAUUGCUAUCUGAAGCACUAGGGCUAAAUGCCAACUACCUUAAGGAUAUAGGUUGUUCCGAGGGGCUUUUAUUUCUGGGUCAUUACUACCCAGUUUGCCCUGAACCAGAAUUGACUAUGGGCACUAGCAGCCAUUCCGAUAAUAGCUUUUUGACGGUACUUCUACAAGACCAAAGUGGUGGCCUCCAGGUCCUUUCCUGUAAGAAUCAAUGGGUCGAUGUUAAUCCAACUCCAGGAGCUCUUGUGAUAAACCUUGGGGAUAUGUUACAGUUAAUCUCUAAUGAUAAAUUUAAAAGCUCGGAACACAGAGUAUUAGCGAAAAGUGUAGGUCCAAGAAUUUCAGUGGCAUGUUUUAACAUACAGCUUACACAUUCAAAGAACGCCUCGAGAUUAUACGGGCCAAUCAAGGAGUUGCUAUCAGAAGAAACCCCCCCAGUUUACCUUGAAACCACCAUCAAGGAGUAUUUGACAUACUACUAUUCUAAAGGACUUAAUGGCAUUUCUGCAUUAGAGCAUUUCAAGUUGUGAAGUUUGCUACAGAAACUUGGUCUAUGAAAGUAAACCUUUCAAAUGAAAAUGUCUACUUGAUCUAGACCUAUAAGACUAGUACUGUAUGAGGCAUUCUAUGAACAGCUUCUUGUAAUAGUUAUUGUUCCAUGAUUAAGUAUAAUAGUUUGUACCUGGGAUUAAUUAAAUUUCGAUGUUAGUGGGUGUUAGAGAAAACUAUUAAUGCAGGGGAUGAUGCUGUACAGUUUCUGUAAGGACUUGAUCUUUGGAGACCCUUCUAGUGCUUUUCUUGUUUUC